GCACUGCACGCCCCCUCCCCUCAGCUGCCAGAACAGAGUAUCUCACCCCCUCCUCCAAUGUAAGAUGGUGGUGGCCGUCUGGUGGUGAAGAAUCUCCCCAGCACAAGAGCAGACGAGCCCCGCCUGGACCGCCAAGUGUCAUAGCGCGCCCCAAGCCGGAGCUGACGGGAGUAUUAUCCGCCCCCCCAAUACACAGUGCCAGAGAGGAGGAGGAGCCGCCGGUCCGCCCCCUGCCGCGCGCCAUUACCAGCCCAACACUGGAGAGAGAGCGGCGCGAGGAUCGCUGCAUCCAACAAAUUUUAAUUUCACUAAGUUAUUCUCAGCCUGGAAAAUACCAUUUUUUUUGUUUUGCUUUCUACUCCUGUAUUUCUGGGAUUUUUUCAAGAUGUCGCGCAGCCCUGACGUGAAGGAAGAUCCUGUGGAGUGCCCUCUUUGCAUGGAGCCUUUGGAGAUAGAUGACAUUAACUUUUUCCCUUGCACAUGUGGAUAUCAAAUAUGCCGCUUCUGUUGGCAUCGUAUACGCACAGACGAGAACGGGCUCUGUCCCGCAUGCAGAAAGCCAUAUCCAGAAGACCCUGCUGUCUACAAACCUCUCUCCCAGGAAGAGCUGCAGAGGAUAAAGAACGAAAAAAAGCAGAAACAGAAUGAACGCAAACAGAAAAUUUCAGAAAACCGAAAGCAUUUGGCCAGCGUGCGCGUGGUUCAGAAAAAUCUAGUCUUUGUAGUGGGCCUUUCACAACGCCUCGCAGACCCAGAGGUUUUAAAACGACCAGAAUACUUUGGAAAAUUUGGUAAAAUACACAAAGUGGUCAUCAACAACAGCACAUCCUAUGCUGGCUCACAGGGUCCAAGCGCUAGCGCAUAUGUAACGUACAUACGGUCAGAAGAUGCACUUCGAGCUAUACAGUGUGUAAACAAUGUGGUAGUAGAUGGAAGAACACUUAAGGCAUCUUUAGGUACAACAAAAUACUGCAGUUAUUUCUUAAAAAAUAUGCAGUGUCCAAAACCAGACUGUAUGUAUCUACAUGAGUUGGGGGACGAGGCGGCUAGUUUCACAAAAGAAGAAAUGCAGGCGGGCAAACAUCAGGAAUAUGAACAGAAGUUGCUUCAGGAACUCUACAAACUUAACCCUAACUUCUUACAGUUGACUACGGGUACAGUUGACAAGAACAAAAACAAAGUGACACCCUUGCAAAGCUGCGAUAGUGAUUCUGGCACCUGUCAUAAUGAACAGGAUGAGCUGUCUGGUAACCUUGGAAAUCUGAGACCCAACAGUAAUAUCACAGAUGCCUGGCCGUCAUUACAGAGUUCAAGCAGUUCCGCCAACGGUUUAACACUGGAACACGGAAAGUCGCCUCCUUUCUUAGACAAUGGCUUAGAUACCGACCAUUUAACUCCAGACGGUCCCGACUCAGACUUUGGGCUGUUUUGGGAUACCGCUGAGCAUAAUGUUUCCAAAUUUGGCAGGGUCAUAGAGGACGACACAAGUUCUGUUGACAAGUCACCCGAAUCAUUAAGUAUAGGAAACGGAGAUAACUUACAACAGAUAUUAACAAGUGACACCCCGUCUCCUCCGCCAGGUUUAUCCAAACCCAACACAGCCAUCCCCACCAGUUCAGCAAAUCACAGCGCACGGUCUCCCUUCGAAGAUGCCAUGGCAGAAUCACAGUCUCUGUUCUCGGACAACUUCCGACACCCAAAUCCCAUUCCCAGUGGACUUCCUCCUUUCCCCAGUUCCCCACAGACAUCAAGUGAAUGGCCCACAGCUCCGGAGCCACAAAGCGUCUUCACAUCAGAAACAAUCCCGGUCUCCUCAUCUACGGACUGGCAAGCUGCAUUUGGCUUUGGCUCUUCUAAACAGCAAGAGGACGACUUGGGCUUUGAUCCCUUUGAUAUCACCCGCAAAGCCUUAGCAGACUUGAUAGAGAAGGAACUGUCUGUUCAAGACCAGCCAGCACUGUCUCCCAGCUCUCUUCAGAACCCCUCUCCACACACUACUGCCAAAGGGCCAGGAUCUGGUUUCCUUCACCCCACCACAGUCACCAAUGCCAACUCUGUCUCUAGCACCUUUCCUGUUUUACCACAGCGGUUCCCACCCUUUCAACACAGAGCAGUUUAUAACUCGUACAGUUUCCCGGGCCAGGCAACACGGUAUCCGUGGAUGGCCUUUCCUCGCAAUAACAUCAUGCACUUGAACCACACGGCAAACCCAACCUCAAACAGUAAUUUCAUGGACUUGAGCCACCCUUCUCAACACAACACAGGUCUGGGAGGGAUUCCUAUUUCAGACCACAGCAAUUCAAUAGAAAGUAUAAAUAUGAAGGAAUGGCAGGAUGGUCUUAGGGCCCUCCUGCCCAACAUAAACAUCAACUUUGGUGGGCUCCCCAAUGCUUCUUCCCCUUCCAACGCUACCCACAGUGCACCAACGUCCAACACUGCCACAACAAACAGCCUGAACUGGGACUGCCCGGCCAGCUGGAUGGAUCCCGCUAUCAUUACAGGCAUCCCGUCAUCGACAGGAAACGGUUUAGAAUCUCUGCAAGAUGACAAUCCACCACACUGGUUAAAGUCCCUGCAAGCUCUGACAGAGUUGGACGGCCCCAGUAGCAGUAUACCUCCCCACCACCCUCAUAACAACCUCUUCAGCACACAAAUCCCUCUACACAGAGCAAAUUGGAGCCCAUACCCUCCCCCCACAAACCCUGCCAGUUUCCACUCCCCACCCCCAGGUUUUCAGACCGCCUUCAGACCCCCUACCAAAACACCUACAGAUCUACUACAGAGCUCCACCCUGGACCGUCAUUGAGAAAAAAAAUAUAUGGAACUGCUAGAAUUUGGGAUGUCCUUCCCUGCCUCAACCACAGUUUUCAGUCAAAAUAAAACCCUCAGUGUUUCCCUCUCAUAUAAUUUCUUCUCCUUCUCUAACAGUUUCCAGAAUUAUCAAGAAUCUUCAUUUUGAGGGGAUCAACAAGCCCUUCUCUCUCCCAAAAAAAGUUGCCAUUUGAGAGUCUGUCAUCAUUUGAAAGCUCGUUAUUGAAGGUGGCCAACAUCAAAGAGCACCACAAGUUUCCAAAAAAAUUUAGAGAGAUGAAAAUUCAAAAAGAUUUUGUUAAAUCGCUUCAAAAGAGAUCAUUGAUCUGCUGCAUGAUAUAUAUUUUUGUUUAAAAAUAAAUGAAUUUAUUGUGAUUUAACAGCUCUCAGAUCUAGCUAGUGCAGGUAGCAGGAAAAAAAAUAAUCUUAAAAUCUUUAGGGAAUUAGUAUUCUAACCUGAUCAGUAAGUAAAUAUGUGUUUUUGUUAAUGGAGAGCACCAUGCAAAUGAAAUGCCAUUUAGGUUUUGUUGAGAGUUUUUUGUCCUUUAAACAGUUUAAGGUCUGGCGAACAAAACCAUUACAUUAAUUUUCUUCAGGACCAAAGGGGCAGGUUUUUAUCAACAUUGAUUUUCAGGCCCACUGGAAUUGAAGGGGUUUAGAUGCAAUAAGUAUGUAUAAUCGUCUUACUUAUUGCCUUUUUUUUUUUUUCUCAUUUGCCAUUUGUUAGUGGUGCUUUCAGUGUUCAGUACCGCUGGCUUUAUCUGGGUAUGAUGCAGUUAAGCCAUGAAUUUUUUUCAGCUGAAUAAACAAUCCACUGUUUCUUACAGUCAACCAAUCUCUCUACCAGUACAGAUGUGUUUUUUUUAUUUUAGUUUUUUGGUAAUUCAAGACCUCAAAAGGUGUUUUGUAAAUGCUUUCUACUGUUGAGCUGCACUCUGUCAUUCUUCAGCCACGAAGAUCCAAACCGUUUUAAUCAUCAUGAAUAAUCUGCCUUACCAGACCUGUGUUUCAUUUGCAAAAUCGGGCAGUCUUUGCACUUACAGAUAUUUUGCUCUUUGUUCAAGUGGCACAUGUGUCUAGGUAUUGGGAAGAGACGGUUGAGUUUUUUUUUAUUUUAUUAAUGUGCUCUUUCUGCAGCAGAUCAAUCAGUUUUGCUUUUUCAAAAUGUGACCAGUUGAUGACAAACCCAACAGCUUCUUCAUAUCAUUUUCAAAGUCACGUAUGGGAGUUUGACCAGCCACCUGACCUAACUUCAGCAUUUCUGGAAGUUACAGCAGUAUUGAAGAUUGGGAAGAGGAGAAGCCUACAAGCGAGGGGGAAAAAUAAGACAAAUUUAAAACAUGGUUAUAACCUGACGCUAAAACUAAACCAAGAAAAUGUACCUCUGUCUACAGAAUUAAAACUAAAAUCUUAAAUAAAACAGAAAACUUGAUGAUAA